AUGAAGUUAGCAAAAAAAUAUGGAUGGUUAAUGUUUCUUCUAUUCCAAACUGUUUCGGCAAAAAAUAUAUUAUUCCUCCUCGGGAUGCCUUCUAGAAGCAAUCACAUUUGGAAUCGAUCUCUGAUGCGAUCGCUGGUCAAAGAAGGACACAAUGUAACAGCAUUGAGUGUGGAAACAGAUAAACCUUCAAAAAAUCUGCAUUAUAUACCUUUAGAUGGUGUAAAUGAAAAAAUACAACAAAUGUAUAAUAAUGUCGACUACGAAUCCAUAUCGGAUUAUAUGCAAUUAAUUAAUAUUUUGGCAAUGUACGAGUUCUUCAAUUUGGUUUGUAAAACAGCAUUGCAGUCUGAAGGAGUGAAAGUGUUGUUAAAUUAUCCAAGGGAUUCAUUUGACCUAGUGAUACAUGAUUAUACAUGUGGACAAUGUCUCUUGGGAUUUGUUAAUUAUUUUAAUAACCCGCCCCUGAUAUCCAUAACUCCUUUAAGUACGCCAACUUAUACCCUUUUUGUAUCAGGAAAUACUCAUUUUCCGUCUUAUAUGGUUCAUCCUUCUUCCAAAUAUGAUGGACCGAUGACAUUUGUUCAAAGAGCGGUCAACUUAUUCUUGCACGCAGCCGAAUGGAUGUACAGGACGUUCGUGUUUAUGAGACAUGAAAAUUUGAGAGCAAGAGAAUUUUUUGGCGAAUAUAUAGUCAAAAAUUUAGAAUCUAUCGAGCAAAACACUAGUGUUGUAUUCACAAAUUCUGAUCCAAAUUUGGACAUGUCUCAUCCGUUGAUGCCUAAUAUUAUACCACUCGCUGGUUUGCAUAUCCAGAAACCAUCUAUAAAAAAUAUUCCAGAG